AAUAUCAAGCGAUGUUAUCCCACUUCAGUAUCAUCAUUGCUGUGGUUCAUUAACAAGCCUUCUAGCCUUAAAAUACUGAUGUAAUGUCAUCUACAUCCGAUUCUGAAGAACCAUGGGACUCGAGAAGGGGAACCCUCGCUGAUUAUGCGCCUGACGAGGCACCAUACGUACCAUCUCUGGUAAUGCAAUGUUUAGACGAAGUUGAAUUCCGUUAUACGGAGGAGGAAUCCUUGUACGGAAAAGGCGGCGACAUUAAAAAAGCCAAAGCAUUGGUCGCAGAUUACCUUAAAAUGAAAAAAAUGCCGUACUUAAACGACAUCGAUAUAAAAACAAUUACCUUGAUUUUGAAACAAUUUUUGGCUUCGUUGAGCGACACACUCAUCACCGAUCAAGUUCGAAAUGAGUUUAUUGAAGCAUCUAUAAUCAAUGAAUCAGGACAGAGGUAUCGAGCAUUUUGUGAUGCAAUGGAACAACUUCCGGAACCGAAUCGCGAUACUCUCGUUCAUCUUCUCCGACAUUUACGAACUGUUGUUGAGUAUGGACGUAGCAGCAUUCGAAAUCUCGCCGAGGUUUUUGGACCCAUUGUGGUCGGUGGGAGCUCUCAAUAUCUUACUCCAUCUUUGCUUAUGCUUUCACGUGAAGAUCAAAUUCAGGUUUUUGAAAGCUUGUUGGAAUUGGAAGAUUGCGACAACGAUGAUGACUGGUAACCUUACUCUCUGUCGAAAUGUCUGGCAGCAGUGUACAAUUGAAUCCAACUGAUGUGUGAUUUUGGAAAAAAUGCAGACAAUUGUCUACUUGUACAUUGAGUGCCAAGAUGAAAUAAAGGAAUCCUGUCAAAUCAAUAAA